AGAGAGGGUGGCCCAAUGUAGAAUGCUUAUAUGUCACAUGUCUGUCUGUGCGCCAGUCUCAUCUCUUUAUCGUCAGCAGACACCAAGAGCAAACAAGGGGUACAAACAAGAACAUGCCGUAAAGGACGAGGCACCGCGAGAUCCCUCGAGAAAAGCCGAGAUCGUGUACGUCCCGAUGCCGCCUAGAUGCAAGACGACCGAAUGCAUGCCGAUCAGGAAGACCAAGGACUUCGGCGACUUCUGGGAGAUAACUGUAACAGAUUACAAGGGUGUGUGCCACUUUGAAGUUGGUUGUGGUGCUCAUCACUCAGGAAGGAAGGUUUUUCGCCCCCUUCUAAAGUACUUCGCCGGAGACAAUGUCGAGGGAAUUUCCCUUGGCGGUAUUACGGCACCUUUGUUCUUCAAUUACCAAGGCGUUGUACUGAUGGAGUCCGGUGAAGAAGGGAGCUGCAGCUUACCAUAUGAAGUUUGUCUUCCGCUGCCAAAGGCUUUCCGGCACAGAGAGAAGAUUGCAACUCUGAAUAACCACACAAACUUGUAUACUCGAGCGGAGGUCAAGGCGUACAUCACGAGAGUUCACGAGUACCCACUUCUCGCGAGAACGAUCCGAGAACACGGGCUGCAUCUCAUGGGUCGUCUUGACGAGGAAGGAGUCAGAUACGACAAGGAGGCGCUGUUAGCCUUCACAUAUGACGACUACUUCACACCGCCGAGCCAGAGAGUCAGCUAUGUAGGCUUCGGCAACCCCAUCACCGGGAAUAAGCAGACUUAAGACUGGCUCCGCCCCUUAGGCGUCGCCAAAAAGCCAAGCACUAUAAUAGAUUAAGGACAUCAUCUGUUGUGCGAAAGGUCAAUUAGAAGGUUAGGCCUCAGUGUCAAGGCCUAAGAAGCACUUCAAGGUUGCAGAAUCAUUGUACAUACAGUAUAAACAUCUACAAACUUGUGAUGUUGAAACAACAGAACGAAGUGUGCUUAAGGAGAUUGUUUAAAGUCUCUACAAGCUCUGGCAUACAACAGAGUGCUGUUGAACAAUGCAUGUGUUACUGAAAUAAUCCUGUAGUAUAACGUUACAUGUAGCUAUCUCUAAGCAGUUAAGCAGUUAAAGUUCUUCUCAUACUUUGACUUUUUUAUGACUCCAUGUAAACGUGUAUAAACUUGUAUAGAUAUACUCGGUACGUAUUGUUAUUGAAUAUUCUACAUGGGGAAAUUAUACCAUCUGACAAGGAAUUCGGCAUACCGUACUUUCCCCGAUACCCUGUAAUAGACUUAUAGUAUCAACAGGUAACUGCGGUUUGAAAAGUAUCUGCUAGGGGCUCAAGAACAUCAAUGACGGUCCUGCCCAGAAUACCUCUCGGUAAUUCAAUAAAGAUCAAUAAAAAUU